UAACGGCCGGGCCGUUGCCAUGGCAACAGGGGAGGCCUGGUCGCUCGGGGACUGAGCUGAGCGACGCCGGGGGGAGCGGGGCGGCGGCGUUAUGUCGCGGGCCCGGAACCUGUGCUGCAAGAGCCACGGCUACCCAAAACUGAAAGAGAAGGUGGGGGAUCUGUCUUGCAGGGAACCAAGACCGUGUAUCCGAUUCAAGUGCUCCCUGGUCAACACCAUUUUAGAUGUCCUCCACCAGAGGCCCGGAUGGGUGGAAGUUAAAGACGAGGGCGACUGGGACUUUUACUGGUGCGACGCCAACUGGGUCCGGGAGAGCUCUGACCACACGUACGUGGACGAGCACGUCCGCAUCAGCCACUUCCGCAACCACUACGAGCUGACUCGGAAGAACUACAUGGUGAAGAACCUCAAGCGUUUCCGGAGGCGCGUGGAGCGCGAGGAGGGGAAACUGGAGGCCAGGAAGUACGACUUCUUCCCCAAGACGUUCGACCUGCCGUCCGAGUACCACCUGUUCGUCGAGGAAUUCCGCAAAAACCCCGGCACCACGUGGAUCAUGAAGCCGGUGGCCCGCUCCCAGGGCCGAGGCAUCUUCCUCUUCCGGAAGCUCAAGGACAUCAUGGACUGGAGGAAGAACAAUUCCCGCUCAGAUGACCGGAAGGAAGAGGCCCCGGUGGAAAACUACGUCGCGCAGAGAUACAUCGAGGACCCCUACCUGAUAGGCGGUCGCAAGUUCGACUUGAGGGUCUACGUCCUGGUCAUGUCCUACUCGCCCCUGCGGGCCUGGGUCUACCGCGACGGCUUCGCCCGCUUCUCCCACACGCGCUUCACCCUCAGCAGCCUCGACGACCACUACGUGCACCUCACCAACGUGGCCGUGCAGAAGACGGCGCCCGCCUACGACCCGGACAAGGGCUGCAAGUGGUCGCUGCAGCGUUUCCGGCAGUACGUGACGGGGCGGCACGGGGCGGCGGCGGCGGCGGGCCUCUUCGGGGCCACGGGCGACCUGCUCGUCCGCAGCCUGCUCAGCGUCCACAGGGUCAUCGUCAGCGACAGGCGCCGCUUCCAGCUCUACGGCUACGACGUCCUCAUCGACCGCCGCCUCAAGCCGUGGCUGCUGGAGGUGAACGCCUCGCCCUCCCUCACGGCCAGCAGCCCCGAAGACUACGAGCUCAAAACCUGCCUCCUGGAGGACGUCCUUCACGUGGUCGACAUGGAGGCCAGGCUGACGGGGAAGGAGAAGCGGGUCGGGGGCUUCGACCUCAUGUGGGACGACGGACCGGUCGGCCGGGGGGACGGGGCCUGGGACGCGGCCCGCGGGGACUUCGUGGCCAACACCCACCUGGGAUGCCACAACGACCGGGAGAAGCAGCUGAGGGAACUGUUCCGCUCCCUCUGGCACCAGAAGAAAGCUUAGGCCUCGCCGCGGGCGGGGGGGCUCCGAGACACCUCCCCGGAAGCACCCCUUCCCCGCCCCGGCCGGGUAGCCGGGGAGGGGUCCGGUCGGUCGGGCCUGCGGGAAGCCCUCUGUGGCUAUUAAACGAUUCGGGUCA